AUGGAGCAAGGCUAUGGAACAACCACAAAUGACAACCCGGAUGGAAAGUACAGUAUUCAUUUCUCAAACCAAUCCGUCCGAGCGGCGUUUGUCCGAAAAGUCUUCAUGCUUGUAACAAUCAUGUUUGGAAUCACAGCAGCCUUCUGCGUAAUCCCUAUGGCAUCAAAACCGUUUCGGGAAUGGGUAAACAAUAAUUUCUGGGUUUAUUUAAUUGCAAUCAUUGUCUUCCUGGUAGUCUCCAUCGCUUUGUCGUGUUGUGGUAAUCUGAGAAGGACAUUUCCAACUAAUAUUAUUCUACUCACUAUUUUUACUCUGUCAGCUGCCACUAUGACAAUGUUCAUCACAGCUUGCUACACAGUUUUUUCCGUUCUGAUCUGUCUAUGCAUCACAACGGUUUGCAGUGGAUCCGUCGUCAUUUUCGCAAUGAAAACGAAAAGUGACUUAACCAGUAAAAUCGGAAUCAUGUUCAUGCUUUCGAUGGUCCUCUUCUCUUUUGGAAUGUUUGCUUUAAUCUUCACUUUGGCCUUCAAAUGGUACUUUUUAUAUUCUGUUUACUCUGGUCUUGCCGCUCUUCUGAUGAUGUUCUAUUUGGCAAUUGACGUGCAGCUUCUCAUGGGCGGUCGCAAAUAUGAACAGAGGGUGAAAAUGAAGCAAUUAGGCAUUCAAGGGACAGAGGAAGAGAGAGAGAAGAAGACGAAAUCGAACUACCAGUGUGUAAAAAAGUAA